AUGGCACAAAAGCACCGGGAGAAAGGGAAUUACCAGGGCCAUGUCUGGACUCUCUUCACCGCAGAGACCGAGGAGGACUGGGGACGCCUCAGACCCAGGAUGAGAGAAAGAGGUCUGUGUCCUCAGCCCCUAGCACUGGGCCUUGCUGAGCAAAGCAUCUGUAAUGCCUUCCAAUAUGGCAAUGAGGGCCUGACGCAGCAGCCCUUUCUGGAGGAGGAUCCUCAUGGCUGGGUCCUGUGUGACCUUGAACAAGAGAAGAACAUCUCUGAACUCAGUUUUCCCAUCUUGAGCAAGCACGCUGAGCGAGGGAAAACUUUGGGAGGCAUGUAUCUGUGCAGCAAGCAGGAGGCAGGCCGCCGCCGAGCAGCAAGGGGCGUGCACUGCUGUAGCAGCUUUUCUGCUCUACGUGCCUUCCCCAGGGAAAGGUGGCGGGCUUCAGUCCCCCCGCCCCCUCCCCGGAUGCUGCGGAACGCGCGCCCGACCCCAGUGCCCCCGCCGCGAAAGACGAGCAAAAUCAUCCCGGCCGAACUCCAUGCUUGCAGCUGUACCAAGGAGUCCAUCAUCUGCGUGGGCUCUUCCUGGGUGCCCAGGAUCGUGCCGGGCGACAUCAGCUCCCUGAGCCUGGUAAAUGGAACGUUUUCCGAAAUCAAGGACCGAAUGUUUUCCCACCUGCCUUCCCUGCAGCUGCUAUUGCUGAAUUCUAACUCAUUUACAGCCAUCCGGGAUGAUGCUUUUGCUGGACUGUUUCAUCUCGAAUACCUGUUCAUUGAAGGGAACAAGAUAGAAACCAUUUCAAGAAAUGCCUUUCGUGGCCUUCGUGACCUGACUCACCUUUCUCUGGCCAAUAACCACAUAAAAGCACUCCCAAGGGAUGUCUUCAGUGAUUUAGACUCUCUGAUUGAACUAGACUUAAGGGGCAAUAAAUUUGAAUGUGACUGCAAAGCCAAGUGGUUGUAUCUGUGGUUGAAGAUGACGAAUUCCACGGUGUCUGACGUCCUGUGCAUCGGUCCCCCCGAAUAUCAGGAAAAAACGCUAAAUGAUGUGCCGAGCUUCGACUACGAAUGCACAACCACAGAUUUUGUCGUUCAUCAGACUUUGCCUUACCAGUCGGUUUCAGUGGAUACAUUCAACUCCAAGAACGACGUGUACGUGGCCAUCGCUCAGCCCAGCAUGGAGAACUGCAUGGUGCUUGAGUGGGACCAUAUCGAAAUGAACUUCCGGAGCUAUGACAAUAUCACAGGUCAGUCCAUUGUGGGCUGCAAGGCCAUCCUCAUUGACGACCAGGUUUUCGUGGUGGUGGCCCAGCUCUUCGGCGGCUCCCACAUUUACAAAUACGACGAGAGCUGGACCAAGUUUGUCAAAUUCCAAGACAUCGAAGUCUCCCGCAUUUCCAAGCCCAACGACAUCGAGUUGUUUCAGAUCGAGGACGAGACGUUCUUCGUCAUCGCAGACAGCUCGAAAGCUGGGCUGUCCACAGUGUAUAAAUGGAACAGCAAAGGAUUCUACUCCUACCAGUCUCUGCACGAGUGGUUCAGGGACACGGAUGCGGAGUUUGUGGACAUAGACGGGAAAUCGCAUCUGAUUCUGUCCAGCCGCUCCCAGGUCCCCAUCAUCCUCCAGUGGAAUAAAAGCUCUAAGAAGUUUGUCCCCCACAGUGAUAUCCCCAACAUGGAGGACGUACUGGCCGUGAAAAGCUUUAGAAUGCAGAAUGCCCUCUACCUUUCCCUCACCCGCUUCAUCGGGGACUCCAGGGUCAUGAAGUGGAAUAGUAAGCGGUUUGUGGAGAUCCAGGCUCUUCCAUCCCGGGGGGCCAUGACCCUGCAGCCCUUUUCUUUUAAAGAUAACCACUACCUGGCCCUGGGGAGUGACUAUACGUUCUCCCAGAUAUAUCAGUGGGAUAAGGAAAAGCAGCUAUUCACAAAAUUUAAGGAGAUUUAUGUGCAAGCGCCUCGUUCCUUCACGGCUGUCUCCACCGACAGGAGAGAUUUCUUUUUUGCAUCCAGUUUCAAAGGGAAAACAAAGAUUUUUGAACAUAUAGUCGUUGACUUAAGUUUGUGA